AAAUCCCCAUCAAUUCCUUUAUUAAAAUAUGAGUGCUCCUGCAACUAAGCUACGAUCGGAAAUGACAGAGGAGGAGCUCCGUCAGCAGGAAGAGAUCGAGUUCAACACCGGGCCUUUGUCCGUUCUUCAACAAUCUGUCAAGAACAAUAACCAGAUCUUGAUCAGCUGUCGUAACAACCACAAGCUUCUCGCACGUGUCAAGGCAUUCGAUCGUCACUGCAACAUGGUGUUAGAGAAUGUCAAGGAGAUGUGGAGUGAGACUCCCAGAACUGGUAAAGGAACAAAGGCCAAGCCAGUCACCAAAGAUCGUUUCGUGAGCAAGAUGUUCCUUCGUGGUGAUACUGUUGUCUUAGUUCUUCGCAACACAGUGUAAAUACAUUUAUGAUAAAGAAAACGGGGAUUUCGUUCAAAAAAAAAAGAAAAGAAUGUCUUUUGACAAAGUUGUAUCUUUGAA